AGCAGUUUCAUUACAUGUGUUGUUUUAGGGUUGAGUUCAAUAUGUACAAUUGUUAUACAGCAUCUAGUAGAUAUUUUACGAAAUGUUAGAUCUGACUGAACGUUUUAGUAUUUACAAUAACUUCUGUCCUGGUGCUAAACAAUAUGUAUUUCUUCUGUUUUCCAGUUAGCUAUUGUUUUUAUGUUGGCCGCCGCUGCCUACGCCGGUGUACCCGCCUACUACGCUCAUGGUCCAGCCCUCGUCGCUCACGGAGCCUACGGAGCUGGCUAUGGUGGCCACGGCUAUUUGAACAGCGCCGCUGGUGCCGCUGGCUACGGCGCUCUAGCCGCCCACUCCCGUUACGGCCAGGCUGCCUAUGGUGCUGCUGGUCUUAAAGCCAACGCUGCCCGACGUAACCUAAACGCUUAUGGUGCUGUCGGUGCCGCUGGAGCCAGAUACCACGACCAAGGUGCCUACGCCCGCAACAAGGGUUCCGGUUACGAGAAGGCCUACAACUACGACAAGCAGGCUGGAUACCACAACAUCGGAGGUGCCCAAGCUGCUUACGGCAGUGCAGCUGGUUUGAGCGACAAAUCCGCUUCCAGCAACCUUAACGCUUACGGUCGUUACGGACACGGGGCUUAUGGUGCCAAGGGCCUGUCUGCUGCCCACGGCUACGGUGCUUACGGAAAACUGUCCGCUGGUCACGCUCAAGUUGGCGGUGCCUACGGAAGUGGUUACCUGAACGUACCCGGCUACAGCGGCCUUAUCUUUCACCAGAGAGCGACUACCGUUUUCUCUAUGGAAGAACGUACUUCGUUAUUAACCAAUUCACUCACCACUUUCAUGUUUGGAGAGUUUGUUAAACCUCUGAGACUGUGGAGCAAGCAAGUGAUGUCUGAGGAAUUUCCAGACGCUGUAUUUAUACCGAAACGGGUCUGCUAA